AUGACAUACCCAGACUUUGGCACCACAUUUUCAGGGUCGUGUUACGCUAUUACUGGCAGAUUGUCUACAAAAGAGCCGAAGCAAAACGAUUUACAACAUAAAACACCAUCUAUCAUUGUGUGUGAUCGGAACUUCCAUCUUUUACAUUGGGGAAUGAGUGCCUUAAACUUUAUAAAAUCUGGUCAAGUAAAGGAUACUCAUCGAGUCUUUGAAAAGUUUAAAUUGCAACUCCCUUCUUCCAUUGCACAAAAAGGGGCUUUUCGUCGUUCUGGAAAUACUAGCGAACUCGAACUCUUAAGCCUAAGAGCUACAAUUGAUUAUUUUAGGGAGUUUUUUGAUUAUACAGUCAAACAUAUGCAAAAUGUACUUAUCACAACAGGUUUGAAAGUUGACAAAGCAGAUAUACGUUUUGUUAUUACCGUCCCAACACAGUGGAAUGAUGUUCAAAAAUCGCUUAUGCGUUUGAUCGCUAUUGAAGCGAGUUUGAUUUCCAAAAACGACAAUGAAAAUCGUCUUAAAAUCAUAAACGAGUCUUCAGCUGCACUCCUUUAUUGUGAACGAAAACCAGAUGUCAUAAAAAGACAGACUAACGGUACCAAAGAUGGGAUUAUGUCAGAAGGUGAUAUGUAUAUGAUUUGCGAUGCUGGUGGAGAAACGGUUAGCAUUGCUGUUUUUGAAGUGCCCAAGCAGCGGGACCAAGGUGACAAGGAAAGUUUUCGUAGAUGUCAAAUUACCGCAGAAAUUCGAAAGAACUGUGGAUCCGUAUAUUUGGAUCUUAAAAUGAAGGAAGUCCUUUUGGAUAUUUGCUUUGGUGCAGAUAAAGAAUCGUGGAAGAAUAACAAGUCCAAAAGGGAAGAGCUUGAAACACUCUUAACACCUCUGACAGACCAGUUUCUUGUAGACAAGGGUAAAAUAUUGAAUGAGCUGAAAUUGAUGCGAGGUCCGGACGGUGAUAUAAUUACAGACGAAGGUGUAACGGUCGAAUAUGAUGACAAUAAUUUUGAAAUUCGACUUUCUUAUAAAUUUAUGCGAGAAAAGGUUUUUGAUGAAGUUGUCGAUAAUACAAUUGGUCUUUUGAAAAGACACAUAAGGAAAGCUAAUGGAAAUAUUAAGUGUACCUAUCUGGUGGGGGGUUUCGGUAUAAUAGUAUACUUGCAAAAACGCAUUCUGGCCGCAUGUCCUGUUGGGAGCCCAUUUAGUAUUGGACAUUUAGUUAUAGAUAAUAGAGGUGAUACGGCAGCUAUGCGGGGUGCAGCAUACUAUGGUAACUACCCCGAGAUCUUUACAGAGCGGGUUUCUAGAAGGUCUUAUGCUAUUCAGGUCUGUGGUUACGAACGUCAAAAGUUUGAAAUUGACACAGAGAAGAACAUAUUGGAAAUGAAGCUAAGGGGAGGAAAAAACGUGAAGAAUGAUAUAUACAAUGAAGAAGCAGCAAAUGCAUACAGUGAUGUGAAUAAACCAGUAAAUCUAUACCAUCAGUUAUCCUAUAAUUCAUCCUUAAAAGAUAGAAAUUCUUUAAGAGCCCCUGGAGAUCUAACACGUCUUAUCAGUAGAGGUGAUAAGAUUUCGGAGCGCAAUCAAAUGCAUGGAAUUUUAAAGAGAUUUUAUGCCGAGGAAGAAUGCAUCGUUUAUGCCAGUAAGUCUAUAUCACACAUAAUACUAUAUUGA